CCACGAUGCACAUGAGGAAACUGCCGGGCUUCGUCCCGCCCUCCCCGUGGGGUCUGCGGCUGCCGCAGAAGUUCCUUUUCCUUCUCUUCCUCUCGGGCCUCGUCACCCUGUGCUUCGGGGCCCUCUUCCUGCUGCCCCACUCUUCCCGACUCAAGCGCCUCUUCCUGGCGUCCCGGAUCCAGCAGCCCGGCCUGGAGGUGAUAGCCGAAGUCCCCGGCCACUCCCCGGUCCGCCAGCGGGAGCCACCCCCUAACCCGGCCCCCGCGGCGCCGGCUCCGGGCGAGGAUGACCCCAACAGCCGGGCGGGUCCCCGCCACAGGAAGGGGUGGCUGAGGCGCACCCGCCCCACCGGACCCCGGGAGGAAGCCACAGCAGCCCGGGGCAGCGGCGUUGCGGCCCUCAGGCCGGGUGAGGAGAGUAUCCCAUUCAGCUUUGACUUCAACGCGUUCCGGAGUCGCCUCCGCCACCCAGUGCUGGGGACCAGGACUGAUGAAAGUAAGGAACCUCAGAGCCAGGUUAGAGCCCAACGGGAGAAAAUCAAGGAGAUGAUGCGCUUUGCCUGGCAGAGCUACCGGCGCUACGCGAUGGGGAAGAACGAGCUCCGGCCGCUCACGAAGGAUGGCUACGAGGGCAGCAUGUUCGGUAGUCCCGUGGUUGGCCCAGAUGUUAGGAGGCACGGGAGGAGCAUGUUACAAGACCUUCCUGGGGUGAAAGCUGGUGGCCUCAGAGGGGCAACUGUCAUUGAUUCCCUCGAUACCCUCUACCUCAUGGAGCUGAAGGAGGAGUUCCAGGAGGCCAAGGCCUGGGUGGAAGAGAGCUUCCACCUGAACGUGAGCGGAGAAGCGUCCCUGUUUGAGGUGAACAUCCGCUACAUUGGAGGGCUGCUCUCAGCCUACUACCUGACAGGAGAGGAGGUGUUCCGAAUGAAGGCCAUCAAGCUUGGAGAGAAGUUGCUGCCAGCCUUCAACACCCCCACGGGAAUUCCAAAGGGCGUCGUAAACUUCAAAAGUGGGAGCUGGGGCUGGGCCACCUCAGGCAGCAGCAGUGUCCUGGCAGAGUUCGGAUCCCUGCACUUGGAAUUCUUACACCUCACUGAGCUCUCGGGCAACCCCAUCUUUGCAGAAAAGGUCAGGAACAUUCGCAAGGUCCUCAGGAAGAUCGAUAAGCCCCUCGGCCUCUACCCCAACUUCCUCAGCCCAGUGAGCGGGAACUGGGUGCAGCACCACGUCUCUAUUGGAGGACUCGGUGAUAGUUUUUAUGAAUAUUUGAUCAAAUCCUGGUUGAUGUCUGCCAAGACGGAUCUGGAGGCUAAAAAUAUGUACUAUGAAGCCUUGGAGGCGAUAGAGACCUACUUGCUGAAUGUCUCUCCUGGGGGGCUGACCUACUUUGCCGAGUGGCGAGGGGGGAUUCUGGACCACAAGAUGGGGCACCUGGCCUGUUUCUCAGGGGGCAUGCUCUCCCUCGGCGCUGAGGAUGCCAAGGAAGAAAAGAGGGCCCACUACCAAGAGCUGGCAGCCCAGAUCACCAGGACGUGCCACGAGUCAUACGCCCGCUCAGACACCAAACUCGGGCCCGAGGCCUUCUGGUUCAACAACGGCAGAGAGGCGGAGGCCACCCAGCUCAGUGAGAGCUACUACAUCCUGCGGCCCGAGGUGGUAGAGAGCUACAUGUACCUGUGGCGGCAGACGCACGACCCCAUCUACAGGAACUGGGGCUGGGACGUGGUGCUGGCCUUGGAGAAGUACUGCCGGACAGACGCUGGCUUCUCGGGGAUCCAGGAUGUGUACAGCACCAGGCCCAACCACGACAACAAACAGCAGAGCUUCUUUCUAGCCGAGACGUUGAAAUACCUCUAUCUUCUGUUCUCUGAAGAUGACACUUUCUCGCUGGAAGACUGGGUGUUCAACACAGAGGCCCAUCCACUGCCCGUGAACCACUCGGACAGCGCCAGCCAAGCUUGGCACCAACACUGACCCUGACCCCUGCCACUGGGGUGCCCCAGGGAUGCCUUGCCUUUCCAGGAUUCGGAACUCUUCCCAAAGAGAUUGGGAACUCGAGCCCCAUCCUGGGCAGACCCUGGACAGAGGUGUCAGACAAGCCACUUCUUUUCCUCUGUGAGGAGACAGGACUGGGAGAUGUAGUGACGUCAAACAAGGGCCACAGCGGUGCCGGCCCAAACAUUCCUUUCUACAGAGAAUUUCUACAAAACCCACUCACCUGCCAUUCCAGGGCCAAAGGACCAGAGGUUUGCAUAUUGAUUUUAGGUGUUUGAUUCACUUCCUUUUGGUUUGGGGAUUUUUGUUUUUGCUUGAUUUUGCCUUUUCUGCACAGUUGAGGUUUAUUACUAUUAUAAAUAGUUGGUUUUUUUAAAUUUCUGGUACCAAAAAUAAAUAAUACAUAAAUAUAGUUUUCAAAAAUCAUGUACUUUCUAAAAUGGAGCCAGCUUAAUCAAGGACCUUAACGUGUUUGUGCACACACCACCUGGACCCUUAUUAUCUAUAUUUUUAAUACGUUUCUGCUCACCAUUUACGUUCAAUUAUGUGUCAUUUACCAUAUAAUUGGAGGAGGGGUUCCCCUUUGAUUUGGGCCUCAGUGUUACAAAUCACUAGUGCUAUUUUCAUCAUUGUAAUGGAAAAGUAUGUGAACUAGAAUAAAGGAAUUUAUUGAAUAAGGAAUAA